UUUUAUUCGUCGUCUUCAUUGAUGCCAUCGGAGGUUUGUAGGGAAAGGGAGAUGUCGGUUAUGGUAUCAGCUUUGACUCGUGUCGUGGCAGGCGAUGUGCCUGCAGAUGAUGAGGAGAUUUCAGGAAAUAAAAACUCGGAUGGUUUUGGUUCAAGUAAUAUCGGACGGUGGUCUAAUAAUAUCAAUCCUUCAGUCGGAUUUGGUGGGCAAAAGAGAGGAAGGGAAGAAGAGGUAGGUGGUGCUACCGGUGGUAGUGGCGGAGGGGUGGCGGUUGCGUCUGUUGCUAAAUUUUGCACGCAGUUUGGCAACUUCCCACAUGGAGGCUCAUCUGCUGCAGCACAAUUGGUCCCAACCUACGAAUACAGCAGCAACGACAAUUACAAAGAAGAGCCGAGGAGGAGAUACAGGGGAGUGAGACAGAGGCCAUGGGGCAAGUGGGCAGCUGAGAUACGUGACCCUUUCAAAGCAGCUAGAGUUUGGUUAGGCACAUUCGACACGGCGGAGGAUGCAGCCAGGGCCUACGAUGAAGCAGCUCUCCGGUUCAGAGGCAACAAAGCCAAGCUCAACUUCCCUGAAAACGUCAAACUCAUAACACCUCCUCCACCCCAUCAAACAACGACAAAUUUCCCUAUUUCUAAUCCCUCAAACACCCAUUUCUCCGUUCCAACAGCAACCGACCCAAUCGUUCACUCUCAGUCUCAUUACAAGGUCCCCAAUCCUCGAGCUGCCGGAGGAUACCCGGACUAUUCUCAGCUUAUCUUGGGUCCUUUCAACACUGAUUUUCCAAUACAGCAACGGCAGCAAAACCAUCCCAUGUAUCCAUACGACCAAAUAAUUUUGUCAGGUUCUCAUGCACAAUCGUCAUCAUUGUCUUCUUCUUCAGCACCGCCAUCAUAUCCAAUUGUUUUUCCCAUCCAAACUACGGGUUAUCAGCUCAACUUGGGUAACAAUAUCGGAGAUUUGUCAGUGAAUUCUUGGUCACUAGAUUCUACUCAUCACACUUCAACCUCUAAAUAG